AGGAAGGGAGGGUGUGCUGGUGUCUGAGGUGCUGCUGCUCCAGACCAGUGCCUGGGACUGACUGUAGAACCUCUCCAUGCUUCACUUCUCACUGGUCCCUGCUUCUGGAAAUAUUGUCACUACUAUUUUUGAAUUUGGAUCUGUUUGUACUCACAGCUGUUUGGAACAUUGGAACAGAAUAAUGGAUCUCACCACUUUUUACUUCCUGACCACUACUUUGGUUUUGAUACUGGAGCAUGAAGCAUACUCAGACUCCACCUCCAUCCCUGGGACUGGUUCAGAGGAGGGCCCCGUGAAGCUGCUUAACCACAGGCCCCAUCGGCGGGAGAAGCGUUGUUCCUGUGAGAACCUGAAGGAUAAAGAAUGUGUGUACUUCUGCCACAUCGGCAUCGUCUGGGUAAACACUCCUGGUCAGAUAGUGCCAUAUGGAGUGGGCUCUUUCCCUGUUCGACUGAGGAGAGAGGUGGGACGGUGCUUCUGCGCGGAGAGAAAUGACUUGGAGUGUCGUCACUUCUGCUCUGCCUUGCGUACACUCAAAGAAGGUGAAAAUGAUUUGGUCAAGAGGAAGUUUGCGACAAAGUUUAAGAAGAGACAUAAGGCUGGAAUCUCGGAUGAAAGGAACCAACAAACACUAAUUCAAGAAACCUGAAAGGAGAGAAUGGACAUCACCCUCGUUCCAUGUGUCAUCCACUUUCAUUGGUCUCUUUUACAAUACGAUGCAAAAGAACAUUGUACAAUGGUGGCCUGUGUCUGAAAUGUAUUUAUGAAAUGAUGCCGUAACUUUGCCGCCUUUUGUGAAUAUUUUUUUUAGGAUUUUAUUGCUGUACAUAAACAUUUCCACUUUACAACAUACAGUACAUACAUCAUUUUGAAAUCAGAUAUUGUUACAUUAAUGCAGAAAUGAUCAGUAUUAAGAGAGUAAAUGUAAAUGUCUUGUAUCUCUGUCAAAAGUAUCUGUCAUUUUAACAUGUUUUGACCACUUACAUCCACUGGACAUGUUUUCUGUCAUGAAGUUUGAAAGUGAAAGAUGUACAUGCCGUAGAUGCAAAGCAAUGCUGUUCGUUGUUCUUCACAGUGAGUUAUAUGCCAAGCCAGACAGGAAAUAAGCUGUGUGAUCUAGGACAGGUGGGUUAUUGUACGAUAUAGCCAAAAGUAAAACAUGUACAGUUGAAGUCAGAAUUUUACAGACAUUAGGUUGGUGUCAUUAAAACUCAUUUUUCAACCACUUUACAAAUUUCUAGGAUUAAAUGUCAGGAAUUGUGAAAAACUGAGUUUAAAUGUAUUUGAUUAAGGUGUAUGUAAACUUCCGACUUCAACUGUAUAUUGUUUCAUAGAUGAUUUUAUAGCUAAUACAUGACAACAUACCCUAGAUCCUUGCGGUUUUAUUACACAGUACCUUAGUUGUCACAGUGAUCUUCCAUCAACCCCUUGAGUUUAGAUCUGCCUGUGAAAUGUUCCCUCUAGGCACAGCCUAAGAGGUGUGUGUGUGUGUGGUAUGUACAGCAUGCAUGCCUUACAAUGGAGUAACUCAUUGGCUGAACGCCCUAGCCUGUCCAGCAUUUAUGGAGCAGAAGAAGAGUGGCUGUCAUCCAAUCAUCAUCCCUCUCCUUUCCUCUGCUCACCUUACAGUCAGGUCGAGCAUUGCUUUGGGGAUCAGAGAUGGACCUUGUCCUCUCUGUGCUCCCUGCAGACCAUUUCUCUGUCAGCCUGAAGAAGCCUGCAGGACCGCUGGAUUGAACAUGAUUACACCCUCAGACCUGUCUAGUCUUCUCCCACAAUGCUGUGCUCACAGCUCACAGGAAGAUAACUCUGUUCCGAUGGAUAUUGGGCCAUGGUGUCUCAAUGCAUGAUUUGUGGCUUUAUGCUACUGCAAUUUCCUCAACUUUGCUCUCAUAUUGUUUACAGUGUUGUUUGCAAUGUUUUGUUAUAGAUUACUGCGGUACAUCCAACCGUCCCAUUAGGAUAAUCAAGUAGGACAAAUUCUACACACAACAGAAUUUCUACCUAAUAUAAAGCAGACGCCUCUCG